AUGAGCACGCAAGCAAUUCGGUCCACGCGGCUCGCCUCCGCCGCCAAACUCGCCGCCGCCCUCCCCUGGACCGCGAAACCGCUCAUCGCCCUCGCCCCCAUGCGCCCGUCCUCGGGCCCGCACCUCGCCGUCGCCGUGUCCCGCGCCGGCGGCAUCGGCUUCAUGAAUUUCAACGGCAAGCCCGAGGGGCUCACCGAGGACUUUGAAACUGCGAAGCGCUCGCUCGCCGAGUCGUCCGACGGCGACACCAAGGCUUUUGCUGACUUUGCCGCCGGGGAUCUGCUCCCCAUUGGCGUCGGGUUCAUCGUUUGGUGCGACGACAGGGCGGCGGCGACGGCGGCUGUGGAAAAGUAUAGGCCGUGCGCUGUAUGGCUCUUUGCGCCGCCGCACGGCCAGGCUGAUUUGGACGAGUGGACCAAGGGCAUCCGUGCGGUCUCGCCGAAGACGCAGGUGUGGAUCCAAGUCGGCACGCUUCAGGAAGCGACCGAGGCGGCCCGGAGUAGCCAGGCCCCCGAUGUACUGGUCAUCCAGGGUAUGGAGGCCGGGGGCCACGGCCGCGCGGUCGACGGCAUCGGCCUGACGACGUUCCUCCCGGAGGCGGCGGAUGCUACGCUCGAUACGGGAAUUCCUCUGUUAGCCGCGGGCGGUAUCGCCGAUGCCCGGGGUGUCGUCUCGGUGCUGGCUCUCGGCGCGGCCGGCGCGGCCAUGGGGACGCGAUUCCUGGCGUCCAAGGAGGCGCGCGUGGCCAAGUCCUAUCAGCAAGCCGUCGUGGACGCCAAAGACGGCGCGAAAUCGACGGCCCGUACGACGAUUUACAACCAGCUGCGCGGCAUCAGCUGGCCGGAGCGGUUUAGUCCCCGCGGCGUGACGAACCGCACCUGGGACGAGUAUCAACAGGGGGCGUCGUUUGACGGGCUCAAGGCCGAGUUUGACAAGGCCCUCGGGGCGGGUGAGGCGGGGUGGGGGCCCGAGGGGAGGUUGCCUACGUAUGCGGGUGCGGGGGUUGGGUUGGUUAACGAGGUGGCGAGUGCGGGGAAAUCGUGGAGACGGUACGGAAGGAUACGGUUAGUAUACUGGAAGCUUUGGCAAGCGGGUUUGGGCAGUAGGCGUGGGCUAUGUAGGGACUAG